CAUGGCAAAGUUCGCACAGCAGAUGGCAGGUAUUCGAGCGUUGAAUGUGAUAUAUGAAAGUUGAAAACCCGGUCUGAAAACCUGCAAGUGUUGUCUUAACAGCAUGUCAGCAGCACAUAAGCCGUGUCAGGACAUUGUGCAUUGCAACAGCAAGCGGCAACAAAACUGAAUCCAGGAGUAUGUCAUAAAUGAAAAAUCAUACAGAGAAAUAUUCAAGUGAAACUUUUUUGUUUCUCUCCAAAAAAAAAAAAACGGGGGAAAAACUCAACUCAAUUCAACUGAUGCAGGUGAAUGUAAAACGGCUACUAUCCAUUGAGGAAUGUGCACUCCCGACUCCUUGCCUGGUACACUGGUAGUAUUUUGUGUAAAUAAUGAACGAAAAAACACCAGCAACAAGGAGCAGCAGGAAGUUGUGUCGCAUGCACAAUCAUAAAUCAUUCGGAAAAUUGAUGCUGAAGCAGAAUCUGGAGCAGUGGCAACAUCAACAAUAAACUUCCAUUUACUUCCCAGUUGCUGUCGCACACACACACAUUCACAGGUAUGUUUGUGGCAACAUCCGAAAUUCUGGUACAACAAUGAUGUCCAACAAAAACAACAUCCCAGCAUCAUCAACUAAAGAAUAAAAGAAACAAAGAACUCAGAAAAAAAAUCGAAUUGAAUAUUUAAAUUUUGUCUGAACAUUUGGAAUUUACGGUCUACCUAGCAAUACUCUCUGGAAGGACAAUUCAUCGAGGAGCGGCAAGCAACCACAACUACCACUACGACCUGAAUUUGUUAUGCACUUGUCAACGCCUGCUUCAUCCAAGUGACAUUCAUCCAUCCAGCCAGCCAGCCAACCAUUCCCUGAUGGAUGUCAGUUGCAACGAUUUUCAAUCAUUUUACUUCCGCAACAAACGAACCGAACUUUUCAGAGAAACCCAAAAAAAGAUAAAAACUGAAAAACCCCCAAUAAAUAAAUAAAUAUCUCUGCUACCGGGCAACCAUACUGGAUCCCCCCCGUGAGAUUUUAAUGCAGUUUCAAUACAACGAAAUAAUUUCGAAAACGAAAGAAGCGAGGACGAAAACAAGUGUUUAAAUAACACAUUCACUUCAUUUAAUUUGGCUUAAAUACCAUCGAUGCGAAUGAAGUUUCCGAUUGCGUUUUCGUUUUGCAAUUAACCGAGGAGAGAUAUUAAAUCAAACUUAAAUCCCACCGCCAGCAUAGUUACAUUUUAAGAAGGACUGAGUUGAGAGAAUAGAAUAAGAGCCAUAGCAGCAGUAACAACAACAAAAAAAACACAACAAAAUGAUAUUCCUAAUGACAGUUAUCAAAGUGCUGCUCAUCGCACUGAACAUAUUUCCAAGUCGCUUCACCAAUCGCAAGGUGAUGUUCCUGAUCUACCUGACAAAUCUCGUAACACAUGUUAUGAUGAAUGAACCUCGCUUUGCCCAACCAAUACCAAAUGUAACAGUGGCCGUGGGACGUGAUGCCAAUUUACCCUGUGUUGUGGAGCAUUUGGGCGGCUAUAAGGUUGCUUGGAUACAUAUUGACAGACAAAUGAUUUUGACAAUACAUCGCCAUGUUAUCUCGAGGAUACCACGUUACAGCAUUACCUACGACAAUGCCAACACAUGGCUGCUGCAUGUGAACCAGGCGCACCAGGACGAUCGUGGCUACUACAUGUGCCAGGUGAAUACAAAUCCCAUGAUAAGUCAAGUGGGCUAUCUGCAGGUAGUCGUGCCACCCAAUAUAUUGGACAUUGAGAGCACUCCAUCCUCGGUGGCCGUAAGGGAAAACCAAAAUAUCAACAUGACUUGCAGGGCAGAUGGCUUUCCGGCUCCAAAAAUAAUAUGGCGGCGAGAAGAUGGCGAAGAAAUUGCAGUCGAAAAGAAAAAGAAAGUUUUGGUCUACGACGGUGAAGUCCUGCCGCUGACCAAAGUGAGUCGCAACGAAAUGGGUGCUUAUCUCUGCAUCGCCACCAACGGUGUACCACCUUCGGUAUCAAAGCGUAUAAUACUGGAUGUCGAGUUUUCUCCAAUGAUUUGGGUUCCGAAUCAACUUGUUGGAGCUCCAGCUGGCACUGAUGUUACCAUUGAUUGCCAUACGGAAGCACAUCCCAAAGCCAUAAUCUAUUGGGUUUACAAUUCGGUUAUGGUCCUGCCAAGUAAGAAGUAUAAAACCGACUAUACGGAGAAUUCCUACAGAGCCCACAUGAAACUGACAAUAAGAAAUCUCCAAUAUGGCGACUUUGGAAACUAUCGAUGUAUAUCCAAAAAUUCUCUGGGAGAAACAGAAGGAUCAAUACGAGUGUACGAAAUUCCGCUGCCAUCAACGCCUUCAAAGCAGGUGACGCAUUCUACAAUAGAUACGAGAGAAAACAAUAUCAUACCGAUUCGUAAUGAUUCUCUCAAGUCAUUACAAACGGAUGUGCAUUCGCUGAAAAAUGAAUUACUCGGGACGAGUGAUUCCACAUCUCCAGCUUUGCAGGGUGCAACAGCGCUGGUGCCGUCAUUGACGGGAAAUAAUCUACAAAUCUAUGGAUCAUCCAGUAGUUCUGUGGAACGCAAGGGACUGCUGGCGAUAGGAAAGAGUAUGUCUUAUACUGAGCUUCCACCCAAUCACCUAGAAGAUUCAUCAGCCUGGACAGCGAAACCCCCACUGUACUUAAUUGUCUACUGCAGUGGCUUUGCGUGGAUGUUCCUAAGAUGGACGGCGUAAAAGUGUCAUGGUAUUGACAGCCAUAUCCGGUUAUAAUAUCGUACACCAGCAGGAGACUAAUUUAAUUCAAUUCAAUUCAUUUUACUUUUUGUUUCAAAAUACAAAGGAUGUCAAGUUAAUUGUGAUGGAUGGCAGCAUGUCACAUUAGCUAUCUGAGUACGACCGCAAAGUCUUGCUGUUUAUGAAUUACAGAAACCCCUCCCCUUAUCCCUCUCCUUUAAAAUGUUGAAAUUGACAAUAAUGCAAAUAAUACAUAUCACACAGUCACAUGCAGAAAAAGGAUACACAUAUCAGACACAGAGACAUAUACACCCCUAAUUUUCAUAUAUAAAUCAAACUAAAAAGUUUAAGGGAUUUAAUUGAA